AUGGGUGCCAGUUGUAAAGACCAAAAGAAAGCAGUUGCAAUCUGCCUACAGAGAUCACCUUGUGUGAUGAUUGACAGAAAUAGUCCGCAGAAAUGCAUAGAUGAUCCAAAUUUAAGUAAAGAUUUGCCUGAAUUGUGUAUAGCUCAGAUGAAGGCCUUUUUAGAUUGUAAAAGAGGGAUGGUAGAUAUGACCAAAAGAAUGAGAGGUAACGCACCCUUAUCAACAGGAAAAUAUGACGAACAAUAUGAGAAUUUAUGUAAAGGAAAGUUUGAUCCUAGGGAGGAGAUGCAUAAACUGGAGAUAUUGAAUUCUCAAGAGAAGGAGUGA